CUGCUUAAGAAUUCUGUUUUGCGGAUGGUUGCUCUACAACAAAUUGAUUCAACUUAUCGAGGUAGCGGCUGCUUAAGGUUGUAGACAGUAUUCCGAUUUAUAGAAUAUUAGUUAAUUAAUUUAUAAACCGUUUCAAAGAUGUUGAUUAAGGUAAAGACACUUACAGGGAAAGAGAUUGAAAUUGAUAUUGAGCCUACAGAUAAAGUAGAGAGAAUCAAGGAAAGAGUAGAAGAAAAGGAAGGAAUUCCACCUCAACAACAGAGAUUAAUUUUUUCGGGUAAACAAAUGAAUGAUGAAAAGACGGCACAAGACUAUAAGGUUCAAGGAGGAUCCGUGCUACAUUUGGUGCUUGCAUUAAGAGGAGGCUUAUAAUUAUAACAUUCCUCAGUGACAAAUUACUUCUUUUACACUAAAAAUUUGAUGAGACCACUUGUAUGAAAAGCAUUAAUAAGUUCAAAUGUGGAAAGUCACGAUUCAAUAAUGGAAGCAGUGGUUUCAAUGUGAUUUAAAGUAUGUUUAUAAUUUGCUACAGUAUGUAAUAAAAUAAUUUAAUUAUA